AGGGCACUGUAUUUUGUGGGGUGGGCUACACCGUGUAUGGGCUACACCGUCCGCGUGGUUGCUAGCUGGGGACCUUCCUCUUUUCACGGGUGCACUUGUUGUCUCUUCCUGUAUUUGAUCUCCUAGCCGUGCCGUGAGCGCUUCAGUGUGAAUAUUUGUCGGUGAUUUGUUGUCGUGGGCGUAUGAACAGCGGCCGAUUGUAACUGAAAGUAAUUUCAUGUGGGAAAGUCACAAUGUCAUCUGAAGGCUGCAACCUCUCCUUCGCUGGAACAUCGUUUCUGGGAGUGUACAAUAUCGGCUCAGCGGUGUGUCUGUUAGAUUACGGCAAGGAAGUAGUGCGGCAUGUGCGGUGUUACGGGGGUACAUCCGCAGGGGCUAGCACGGCGUGUGUCAUGCUCAGCGCGCCAGAGAGACUUUCCCAAUAUUUACAAUCGAUUUACGAUCUGGCGGAAUCGAUUUCCCAAAAGACCUACGGUGCCGUAACUCCGGGAUAUGACCUCAUGAGCGACAUCCGGAACAUCCUGGACACCCAUUUGAAGGACAACGCCCACGUGACCUGCUCAGGGCGACUCCACGUGCCGAUCAUGGAGCUUGUGUCCGUGACCCCUGACCCCCGAUGCAAAACGAGCGCCCUCGUUCCGCAGCCGACAAAAAAGCCGAACGUCCUGGAGUUUGGCGGGAAAGUGUGGGCAUGCGGCGAGAGGAAAGUGGUGACAACUUUCAGCAGCAGAGAGGACCUGAUUGAGGUUCUUCUGGCCAGCAUGUACGUACCCUGGUUCAGUGACUGGAAAGCUCCAUCUUUCCAAGGAAAGUUCUGGGUUGACGGAUCUCUUCUGAACUCGAGUCCUGGAGGGAUCGAGAAUCUUCAGUUUCCAGCGGGAACGCUCAUCACCAUCUCCCCGAAUAAGCAGGCCGCGCACUACCGACCCCAGGACAAUAUCACUUCCACCUGGAAAGACAUCAGCCACGAGCACUACGAGGCCUCGCCCUUCAACAUGUACAGGGUUCCCAUCGGCUCCAACGCCAACGGUCUGGACUUUGUUCUCAACCCGCCCCCGCAGGACGUCCUGGGAAAGCUCUUCGACACGGGCAAGCAGGACGCACGGGAGUUUCUGACUCGCUACGGGGUGUAUGAUGGACCGGUGGCCGACAAACGAAGGACUGACGGGCUGAUCAGCUAGAAAGUUGCAGGAGAUAAUAUUGAAGAUCACACUGGAGUGUAACAGAGAGGUCAGAAGGUUGAGUGCUCAUUUCAAACAUUUCCUUUUAUUUUCAGUCACUGUCAGUGUUUGACUUCACUGUGUAAUCGAUUUUCAGAGAAAAUAGUGAAAAUACGACAAUGAUAUCACCUUUCCUCUGCGUAACCACACCGAAUCGAGAGUUGAAAUUAGCACCACAAUAUGCUUAAUACUUCUCACCAAAAAAACCGAAAUUCUGAACAUGGAAUCUUCUUUUAAAGCUUAUUUUUCUUCACAUGAAUUAAUUCAUUAAAAGGCAGUAUUAUGCACGCAGUUAAGAUGUUCAGUUUUCAAAUUUAAUGUUUUUGACGUCUUAUUUCACUUCAGCGUGCACAAAUUGAAGUUGUUAUCAACUCUCUGUGCGUGGGGCUUUUUGUUUUUUGCGGAGAUAUCUAAGUUGUUGUAUGUUAUUGUACCUCAAAAUUGAAACUAUUAACACUAUUAACUAUCAAACUAUUAAUAGUUUGAUAUAUGUUAUGGUCAAGUUAUGUGGAUUGUCCAAUUCAGCCAUACAUUUGAUGGACUAUAUCAUUGAUACUUUUUUAUGUCUAGGUCUGAUAUACAGUUUCCACCUUUUUAACGUGAUCUUAGUCUGUUGCAGUGAUUCGUUUUGCUAUUAAUAAACACAUAAGAACUGAUUCUAUUUAUUCUGACAUUUUUCAAUGUUUUGAAUAACUAUAUUGUGUCAUUCACGAUGUUGGAGCCUGAGGAUUAUAAUAAUCUAUAAUUUUGAUGUUGGAAUUUGUGAUAGGUUGGAUUCCAACAAGCUUUUGGUACAUAAAUCAACAGACGUGUGCAUAUAUAAAACAUAUUUUCCUAUUACUAUGGGAGUAGAAAUAUGAAGAUAUUGUAAAUAUUAUUUUGCUCUUUCUGGAAAUGGUUUUGGCGUUAACGAUUUUCAAAAAGCUUUAGGAGAUCAAAAGGUAAGGGCGAUCAAAAGGUAAGGGUGAUCAAAGGCCUAGGUGUAUAUCCACUAAUUCUGUAAGCAAAUCUUUCCCUUUUGGUUGGAGAUGGUAUUUUCAAGAAUCUCGAGCAAACUGGCAUAACGUCAUAACUGUAGCCUGCAUUAUUAUUGUGCUGUACUGUUCACCGAUUCCAUCAUGUUGUGUUGGGUGACCAUAAACCGCGGAGUGUCGGGUCAGAGGGCAGUCCCAAGUUGUCACUGCAUUUCUAACAAGGCAUAUUCAAAGAUAAAGUACUAUGACCAUUGAUGAAAAGAGGACACCAGGGGAGUAUUUUGGUAAGACUUUGGUGACCCCGCAUCCACAGUGGGCGAUGUACUGGGAAAAGUUGCAGUGUUUCCAUGAACUUUUCAAAUGACGUGUUAGUUGUCACGGUUGGCCAGAGAUGGUGAAACUGGGGUCAGUUAUUGCUUUUCAAAGUGUCAUUUCUUUUGUUUUUAGUAAUAAGCCAAAACGUUUAGGCUUGUUAGACAUUAUCUAAUUGCAUCCCCUGACAGGGUAAAGGGGUAAUUAGAUCUACUCUGUUUGUGUAUGGAAAUCAGCGGCGUUUAGUGUGUGUGGGUGCGCUAUCCUUGCAUACCUAGAGUGGACUUGUGAACAAAAGAUGUCCACAUGAUGCAGGAAGGGAAGAUGUUCUGAGGACUUGCACAGGUCCACAGGACGUUUGUCCUUCUCUGAAAAAGAGGUUUAGAGGCAUUUUGGAGUAGGGGUCAUCUUUCUUAAAAGGAAUAGUCAAGGAAACCUCGUACAAAAAGCCAGCUGAAAAUCGUGUUUCCAGUUCAAGAAAAACGAGUAUUUUCACUGAGUUUUCUUACCUGCACGAAAAGAAAGGAAUGUCCACACUAGGUAUGUAAGGUAAGUGGUCGUGUUUGUUGUGUGGUGUGGGGCAAAUUCAAAAGCGAAUGCAGCGUUGGGCUUAUUCGACAUGAUGUUUGGGGAAAAAAGGGGGGGGGGCGUCUCCCCUGUCCUCCCCCUCCCCCUGAUACGCCACUCCGCACUAGCCUGUCCUUUCGUCUUGCAAAGGUAGUUGUGAAAGUAUUAUGGCGCUCUGUGACUGACAAUUCUUGGCCACUGCUUGGCAGCGUUUGGUGGUCAGGUGUAGAUAGGGUGUUCAUUUGGGCAGAAAACAAAUCUUUUAGGUCUGGUAUGUUUUUAGUAUAAUGCUACUUUUCUUUGCUCCCCCCCCAAAAAAAGAAGACCUUACUAAGAUAAAAAUCUCCCCCGACCAGAUUUCUGGCAGAAUUUUGUAUAUAAGCGGUCCUAUUGAACAUAACACAACGCUUUAUUAAUAUCCAACAUUAGCAAUAUUAAUUAUAAAAGCUUAUACAUAACAUAAAAGUCUCAAAGCACUUGUAAAACGUUUACAAAUGCAUGUAUCAGUUUUUAAUAAAAUCUUUAAAUUUGA